CUGUCUCACCAUCGGAAUAUGUCUGUCCUGAAUGAUGCGCUUCUCUCCCCAAGCAUGACACACUUACUGGGCUGCGGAGCCGAGCCACGGGACGAGGCACGGGACAGAGACAGGACAGAGUCAGACGAACAUGAUGAGGAUGCGGGGGGGGAAAAAGGCAGAUAAGAGCUAAUGGCGAUACCGCUAUCGACAGAGUAAUGUUCAUAGAGAAAGAAGACAAAUAAAUAAAAGAUCUGCGGACUGGAGGGUGGUGACAGUGAUGGUGACGAGGAUGUUGUAGGCUAAGGACGGGACCGCUCGGAGGAGGAUGCUCGGACGAUCGGAGCGCUUCUCUGCUCAGUGUUGAUCAUCGUGCGAGUAAAUCUCGGGUAUCACCGAGAGUUUAACGAAGCGCUAUUCUGAGGAGGUGAGGCCAAGUCCCGAGAGAGAGAGAGAGAGAGAGAGAGAGAGGGAGAGAGAGAGAGAGAGAGAGAGAGAGAGAGAGAGAGGACUGGGGGAUCAUUGUGUUGUUGUUGCUGCUGCUGUCAGUGAUGUGAAGCGACAUUAAGGAGCUGAUGAAAGGACUUCUAGUUGUGCGUGGACACAUUUCUACACCUUCUUUGCAGCAGCACUGUGUGGUAGAGACCAGUUGAAGUUGGCUUCCUGCCUGUUGAGAUGUGCCAAUAGGAAACACUGUGAACAGGGGUUCAUGCUGAUGAAAUUGAUCUGCUCAGUGAGCUCCAACCAGAGCCAUGGGGAGUACCCAGACUGCCGGAGUGAGAGGGAGUCGGGAGGGGAGGCGUCUCUCCUGGUGUCUCCGCUGGUGGUGGCGGGGAUCGUUAUAGGUCUGGUCCUCUUCCUCUCCUGCAUCACCAUCAUCGUCGGCAGCCUGCGCAAAGACAGUCGACUCAGAAACCCACACCUCCGAGCAAGCUACGGUCUGGAUGGUUUUUCCUAUGGAGGUUCAGUAGGAGAACUGAGAUCUACCUGCUUAGAAGACUUUCCUCCUGGUUUAGACUUUGAUUCAUACAGAGAGACUCUGUCACAGGUCAACAACCUGUACCCCGACUCACCGCCACGUUACGAUGAGUGUGUUGGCCCAGGAUCGACUCAGAUCUACCUACCUACAGAUGACCCGCCUCCUUACUCCCUCUUGGACCCCUGUCAGAGAGGGGCAGAACAGGAGGAGCAGCCUAACUACACCAGUCUGGAUCCUUCUCCAUACUACGGAGAGACCUCGGCCAGUGCUGCCCGCUCCUCCCCCUCCCACUACCCGCUGGGACUACAGGAGCAGGAGCAUCAACACGUUGCAUCCAUCUCCUUCCCGCUGGAGGCGGCGCCGCCUUAUGAGUCAGUGUUGGCCGAGCAGGGACAGCCCCUCCCUCUCAUGCCAUGCGACCUUUAUAAACACCAAUCAGAGAGGGAGGAUGAUGGCAACUCCCGGCAGCCAGGGGCGAACCAGAUCUCGUAGGACAAUUAAUUUGUUUCUUUCACUUGCGCUCUUGGUUGUCCCCGGUUGAAUUAAACAAACACUUGUGAUGUGGGGCACAAAAUGGCUGUUAGGAGCAGCUGGGACACCAAACGUGGACACUAAUGAAAUUUUCCACACAGUUGCUAACACCUACACCUGUAAUAAGGCUGAAAAUGAGCUUCUCAGUGGACUGAAAUUAAGCCGGGACUCCGUUUUUUAACAAUUUAACUACAGUUUGUUUCUGGAUGAAGUAAAAACUCACCAACUGCGCUGUAUUGUAAAGUUUCUGGAAAGACAGCUUCUCUUACACAAACGUUUGUCGUCCCACUGAUGCUCCCUUUGACAAAGACUCUUCUCCAUUAACACCAUUGUCUUGUUAAGUUUUUUGCCACAUUUUGACUGUUUUAUCUCUCUUUGUUUAACCGGUACCAAUUAUGAAGAGUCGUGUUUGGAGUUUAGUCUGCUACAAAAUGCUAACAUCUUCUCAUCGUACUGUAGAUGUCGACAAGCUGACUUUGUCUGUAGAAGAAAGACUGAGUGCAAACAAUAUCAAUGUGGUGUUUAGUAGAAUAGUUUAAGGUAUUCAUAAGCACACAGAGUACUCCCCCCCCUCCCAUCUUUUUUGGUAUGAUCCUCAUUUUCCAGUCUAUUUAAAUGAUGUUUUGGACAAGAGUAUAAUUACCACUGAGUUGUGUACGGCAUCCUCAACUACCAGAACACCACUGCUGAUCUGCAGUCUCUGUAGUGUUCAAACAUUUAGAGCAGUGUGCUGUUCUGUAGCUUCCAGUGUGGUGGUAGUAUCCUUGCGGUUAGAAGAACAACUUUGUGAUGAAAUGUUUGUGACCAUGAAAUCCAAUCUAAUUAGGAAACUAUACCUGGACAGGAAGAGUGCAUUAUCAACAUUCAGUUGUGGCAUACUGUAUACACACCCAGCUUUCCAGUUAUAAGUCACCAUGAUGAUGUAGUGUACGUCAUAGUUAAAUAUUUGCAGCUUACAUCUGUCAUCACCAGAAUGAGAAACACUAUUGUACAAAUUGCCAUAACUCUUUCUCUCAAGGGCUCUGGUUUGAAUAUGUAUUAAUAGAAUAUUCUGUAACUGGACCCCAGCAGCAAAAUGUAGCCCGGAGCCCGCCUCCUGACGAGGUCGGGGUUGAUGCAUCAGAGAAGUUACACAUUAAACUGUAGACCAUAACACACUGUUUACUGGAGAGAUGGAUGCUUCUGCCUUUGUCCUUUUGUCACACUUUCAUGAAGGGAAGCACUUGGCUUUAGCCAUCAUGGAGGACUUCCUCAUACCUAAACAACAGAAAAGGUUGAUUGCCAACAAAUUCCAAAAUGACAUAUACAGUAUGGCCAUCCUAUUUAACACAAUGAUAUGGCCGCAUAGUGGUCACUUUAAUCAAAUGACAUUGUGUUACCUCAUUCAGCAAUAGAUAGUGAUUUAUCAGAUAUGUAUUUCAAUUUCAAGAUUUUUUUUUAGAUUGCCACUUUAAUCUCGGGUUCAGUUGCCUAACCCUAACUAUAGCUUAAAGGUCCAAUGUGUGGGAAUUUCUCCCAUCUAGCGUUGAGAUCAAAUAUCGCAAUCAACUCUCUCGCGCCA